CACCCAGGCGCCCCGCGGUUUCAGUUUUUAUGGUGGUUUGAUUCUUGAUGUAGAAAAGGAGAGAGAGACCUUCCAGGACCCAUAGGUCUGAGCCCCAGGUUCUUAGUAUUGGCCCUAGGCCUCUUUCUUCUAGAACCCUGGCAUCGAGCCCCUCAGCUAUGGAGAGAAGGAGGAGAAGGGAGUGAGUAAAGUGUGGAACUCUGGCCAGGGAGACACCCCAGGGCCUCCUGGGAGUCGUAGUCCUGCGGCUAGAAAGGGCCACUUCCCAAUUCCGUGGCUUGACACCAAAUAUUCCAAAAGAUCCCAGGCAUCUAGCCGAAGCCUGGGUUCAGAAACUCGGGGACGAGAGGAAGCUGAAGGCCAGAUGCCCUCGCCUGAGCUGACCAGAUGAAACUUCUAGUCUGAGAAGGAGGCCUCUUGGCGAUUUCCUGGAACCAUAGGCGGAGCCUUCCUUUGUUGCCGUCCAAUCGGACUCAGAGUUGGGUUUGUGGGCGGGGCCAAGGAAACUCCUGGGCGUGUCUCCAGGGAAGUCGCGCCCCCACGUCCGAAGCUAGAAGGGGGAGGCUGUGGGAAUUCCUUGUAGAUCGGGGGAAACGGUGACUCGGACUCCAGUCACAAAGCUCUCCACAUCACGUGACCAACCUCACCUUCGCCCCAGAAACGUCCUCAAUUUUAGCCGUGGCAAAUAAAGUGGAAGGACGUGACCUGCUCGUCCCCUCUAAAGGCCCUCAGCCUGGAUUCGGCCCUUCAGCGAACUCUAGUAUUCCAGGGUGCAACAUUCAAGGUCAAGGUCGGGCAGCGGCUGUCUAGGGUGCAUCGGGACUCCGGACUCCUCGGUUUCCUAACCGAGAAGGGGGAGCCCUGCAAAUUGGGGGGUCUUACUCUCGGGGAAGGGGUUCUUUCCCGUUACUGAUCACCCCUUCCGUGUGGGGUGGGAGGACCCUCCCCGGGUUCUGUGCGGGCUGAGCGCUGUGGCCGCAAUGGGUCCCCAAGUAGCCCUCCUGGUGGCGGCGCUAGCCGGCUGCCUGCUUCCUGCCGGGGGCUGUGUCAUAUGUGAUCAGAGGGUCGUGGCCGCGCUGGACGCCUUGGAAAAGGAAUACCUGCCUACCCACAUGGCGCGCGAGCGUCAGGGACAAGUGAUGGAAACGAUAAGACAAACCGUGAGAAAUUUCUGGGACCUGCCAUAUUUAGAGGAUGCCUUUAUGGGGGUUAUAGAUGAGGCCACAAUGGAAACGUCAGUGUUGGGUUUUCUGAGGAGUAUGACACUUAUCACAAACAGUGACAUAGCAGAUGACACUUUCGUGAAGGAGUUCUCCUGGAUGUUGACUCUGGAAAAGGCGGCCUUUCAGCGCAAUGUUGCUCGGUUCCAAAGAGAGGAUUUCUGUCCCAACAAAUGUGGUAUGAUGUUGCAGCCUCUGAUCUGGUGCAGUAAUUGUAAAAAGCAGCUUCACGUUUGUCGCAAGUCCACAGAUUGCGGUGUGCGCCACAUCAACGUCCACGGAAAGGAAGACUUGGUCCUGGACUGUGAGCUCCACUGGCAUAAGUUAUCUCAAGGCCUGACCUAUUACAGCUUUUACAGGGUUUGGGGGAGCAAUUCUGAGACCUUGGUGUACAAGGGGAAACAGCCCACCCUGACCAAGCCCCUGGUGGGGCCAGAGGAUGCAGGUGACUACCGCUGUGAGUUGGGCACCGUGAGAUCCCUCCCAGCCACGGUCAUCCAUUUUAAAGUCACAGUGUUGCCUCAAAGAAUCAUUGAGGAGACACCGACAUCAAACUUUGAAACCGAGGAGCAGCUGUCCCCAACCCUCCCGCCUUCAGAGCACCCUAAGCCCGAGAAGGUGCUGAGAAGCCUUCUGGUAGGGCUGCUGAUCUGGGGCUUUGUGGUGCUGAUCAUCAGCUUUGUCACCGCCGUACUUUGCUUUCUGCCCGGGAACGUGAUGGAUUCCAUAAAGUCCUGGUUCCUCACUAACAAAGUAGCCGCCCUGCAGAGCCAGGUUCCGAAGGCACCGAAAGAAAACGACACAGCACCAAGUCACAAAUAAAGAUUUAUCUGGUUGCCUAAA